UGGAGGUGCCCGGCCGUGUUCAGUUGCGGGAGCGGGAGUGAGUGUGGUGGGUGGCCUGCUGUUUGUCGCUCUCUAGCUGCGGAGAUCGCCGGUUUGUCCCGAUUUGGUUGUGGCGGUCGAGAUGUUCUUCUCCCAGGUCGCGGCCCGGCCAAAGACGUGGGAAGCCAGCCCCUCAGAACACAAGAGAUGGGUGGAAGUAUUCAAAGUGUGUGAUGAAGAUAACAAAGGCUACCUAAGCAGAGAGGACUUUAAAGUUGCUGUUGUAAUGCUGUUUGGGUACAAGCCUUCCAAGAUAGAAGCCAAUGCUGUGAUGUCUCCAGUAAAUCCAAACACUUCCGGUGUAUCACUGGAGGAGUUUUUAAACAUUGUAAGGAAAAAGAAGGAAGCUCAGGUCUAUUGGAAUGAAAUAAGACACAUCUUCACAGCUUUUGACAGAUACUAUCGUGGCUAUUUAACUUUGGAAGAUUUCCAAAAAGCAUUCAAGCAGGUGGCUCCCAAGUUACCAGAAAGGAGCGUUCUCGAGGUUUUCCGGGAAGUAGAUCAAGACUCGGAUGGCCACGUCAGCUUUAAAGACUUCGAAUACGCCAUGAACUGUGGACAGAAAUGAGGCCUGACUAUGGGACCUGCUCAUGGCAACCUCUGGGGACACCGAUAGAUUGUAAUGUGCUUAAAUGUCGACAUCACGCCACCAAAAAUUUAGUGCUUCAUACACACUUGAGUUUCAACUCUCCAUCGUGGUUUUCUGAUGCUGAUAGUUUCUAGCAUCUCAGAGUCCUCUAAGGGUCCCUUAGUUUUUGUCCAUGCAGCUUAGUAUCUCCUCCUUGUCACUCUCACCCCCCACUGUGCAGGCCAGGAUGCUCCGCUCCCCUACUACUCCUGGCCACCCCGCCCAGGUUCCCGGGUUCCCUGGUUCUCAUCAGUUCCUCAUUUCAGGAGAGGAGCCACUUCUUCCCUGCCGAUGGGGCCGUUUCCUUCAUGCAUUCAACUCCGUCGGACAAAUAACAGCGCCUCCCUGUGGCGCCUGCGCACUGUGUUCCAAGUAAUGAGCAAGGCGCUGGAGAAACAAAGCCUUCAGUCUUCUCGAAGAUGAUGUACCCAGAGUCAAAGGCAUCCUUGCGAACUGGCCCCAGGGCCCUGGCUGUGCAGGACGGAAGCCAGAUUGGGCUGGCACCAGUAAGUCAGUCUUCCCCCGCCGCACACAGAGGAAAGACAGCACAGGGAAGAUGCUGGGGGAAGGACUGGUCUGCAGAAAUUUGUGAUGGCCUGGGCCAGUAACUGCUCUACUGGGACACAGACUGUGACACUGGACGUUCAGCAUGUGUUUUAGAUCAACAGCAACCCUCAAUACAAAUGUUUUAUCUCUGCAUUUUCAGAAUUGCUAACAUCAACAAUAUGAGGAAGAUAAUGUAAUUCAAAUGAUAAAAUUAUUAAGUAUUUCAAGAUCAAGUAAAAAUGUAAGUUUGUAAAAUAGAACCGUUAACAAGCAUACUUCUAACACAAAUUGUUAACAGAUAAACCUAGUGAAAACAAGGUCUUACACUGUCGUGAAUCAGAGGAGCCUAAAUAAACAUAAUAGUUCAACAUAA